AUGCGAGCUGCCUCUCUGCAGCAGAAGAUGAGCCGGCAACGGCAGCUGGCCUUAGAGAAGCAGCGGGUCUCCGCAAGGAUGAAGCAGCUGGGGGCCGGCGUGAUUGCGAGCGCCAGCCCUAUGCUGCAAGCCUCCCACUUCCGGGGCAGAGACUGGGACCAGAUGCCCGAUGGGCUGGGCUUGUCUUCGCCCGUGCUCAAGGAGAGCAGGUCUUCCCCGGAGCCGAAGACAGCCCCCACAUCUCCGCAGGAGAGGACCGAGAACGGCCCGAGGCAGUCAAGACAGGCACCAAGCCCAUCGAUGACGCCUUAG